AUGGGUAACGUGACUAGCUGGCACGCGCGCUUGUCUCAGGACAAUCCGUCUGACGUCAUCGUCGACCUCUCAGGACUGUCUGCGCGCCUGCCGUAUCACUUCCACGAGGUCGACGGGUCGUUUCAUCUCCCGUAUGGUCUCGGAACGCGCCGUAUCGCGCUGGAGGACCUCGUACCCCUAGCGCGCUCCGAGCAAACAGUUGAAACGACCCUUCCGAUAGCUGUAGAGAAGAAGAUUAAAGUGUCGAGUCCGGCCGCUCUAGGUGGCGACGCCGUUCUGGCGCGCCUCGUUGCCAGCAGUAGCGGUGCCGGCGGCGGCGGUAUUGGCGGCGCUGGCGGCGCGCGCGGCUCAACAGGCGUUCCGCUCGGCGGAUCGGCGGCGGGAGGAGGGGGGGUCGUGCGAGAGGUCUUGGAUUUCGAGGACUCGCCGUGGCGCGACGUGGGGAGAUGCGACACGGAUGUGGGAGUGGUGCGCGUGGAGGCGCGCGUGUCCGUGGACGUGUGCGGGUUCCACCGCGCGGAGCUCAAGCCGCCCAGCGGGUGGCUGGACCGCGGCGGGAUCUUCCUGAUCGGGCGCGCGGAGGGGUGCGCCGUGAUCCGGCUGCGCGUGCGGUUCGAGAGCGAGCGCGACGCGCGCAUGGACAUGGUGGUGGCGGGCGUGGCGGGCGUGCUGUCCGUGGUGGCGCUGAUGACCAUGCGCGUGUGGGGCAAGGCCAUCAAGAAACUGCUCAAAGACUGA